UAAUAUUGUGGGUGUGAAGAGAAAAUAAAAACUUGAGCCACCCAGUUGCUUAAGUCAUAAACCCCCAAACUCUUCUGUUGUUUCUCAGUAUGGCGAGUUCACAAGGAGACGCGAAGCUCGAACGGUUUCUGCAGUGGUUACAGGUUAAUGGGGUGGAGCUACGUGGGUGCAAGAUCAAAUACUCUGAUUCUGAUAAAGGGUUUGGCAUUUUUGCGGCUAAUGAUGUUUCUGACGGGGUUCUGUUAGUCGUGCCUCUGGAUUUAGCAAUAACUCCUAUGAGAGUUUUGCAAGAUCCUUUUUUUGGACCAGAAUGUAGAGCAAUGUUCGAAGAAGGAGAUGUGGAUGAUAGGUUCUUGAUGGUUUUGUUUCUAACAGUGGAGCGCCUCCGCAAGAAUUCUUCUUGGAAGCCGUACCUUGAUAUGCUUCCCACCACUUUUGGCAAUCCACUUUGGUUUACUGAUGAUGAGCUUUUGGACCUAAAAGGAACAACAUUGUACCGAGCAACUGAACUGCAGAAGAAAAGCUUGCGGUCUUUAUACGAUGAUAAGUUGAAGGCUCUAGUGGAUAAACUUUUAACUCUUGAUGGUGAUUCGGAAAGGGAUGUGUGCUUUGAAGAUUUCCUUUGGGCAAAUUCUGUAUUUUGGGCUCGUGCUUUGAACAUUCCCCUUCCAUACUCUUAUGUAUUUCCACAAGUUGAGGAAAAGAAGAAUUGCAGUGCUUCAAAUGACAAAAGUUCUGACGUUUCUACUAAUAUGGUUAAUGGCAAUGCUAAAGGAUGUCAGGUUGACGGGGUUGAUAUUCAAGUUAAUGGAGUGACAUCUGUAUCAAACCAAAAAGAUACUGUCUGGGUGGAGGGUCUUGUUCCUGGCAUCGAUUUUUGCAACCAUGGUUUAAAGCCGGCAGCAACUUGGGAAGUUGAUGGAACAGGAUCGAUAACUCGGGUUCCUUUUUCUAUGUAUCUUCUUUCUGCUGGACAACCCUUGGAGACUGAUGAAGAAAUUUCUAUAAGUUAUGGUAACAAAGGAAAUGAGGAAUUACUUCAUCUGUAUGGUUUCGUCCUUGAUGGUAAUCCAGAUGACUAUCUCAUGGUCCAUUAUCCAGUACAAGCCCUUCAAAGUGUUUCAUUUUCUGACUCGAAAGCACAGCUUCUUGAAGCACAGAAGGCCGAAAUGAGGUGUCUUUUACCUAGAAGUUUACUGGAUCAUGGCUUUUUCCCAGUAGGCAUCUCAACUAAUGAAGGAAGUGAUAAGGGCCAACUCAACCAUGUUUGCAGCUAUAGUUGGAGUGGUCAGCGCAAGAUGCCAUCAUAUUUAAACAAGUUGGUUUUUCCCGAAAGCUUUUUGACAACAUUGAGGACAGUAGCCAUGAAGGAGGAUGAGCUGUUUCAGGUUUCAUCAUUGCUGGAAGAGCUUGUUACAUCUGGAGGGGGCAGGCAACCAUCUGAUUCAGAAGUUCGAGCAGCAAUAUGGGAGGCUUGUGGUGACUCUGGAGCUUUGCAAAUGCUUGUUGAUCUUCUUACUAUGAGGAUGGUGGAUCUUCAAGAUGGUUCUGGUACAGAGGACAGUGACACUAAUUUGCUUAAAAACGCAGGCUUUAGUGAAAGCCUAAAUCUGCAUACAGGAAAUGAAAACGAUUUAAGUGAAGAGAUAAAUGGCCUUCAACCACCCCAAUCGAUGAGCAGAAACAAGUGGUCUAGUAUAGUUUAUAGACGAGGGCAGAAGCAACUAACUCGAUUAUUCCUCAAGGAAGCAGAGCAUGCCUUGCAGUUAGCACUGGAUGAAGGGAACUAACUUUCGACACAAAUUCAUGUGUUUUUAGCUCACAUUAGAAAUUAGUCCUUAUCAAGUCUUAUGAUCUUUAGCGUCCGUAACUGUACUAUGCAUUUUGUGCUCGGUAAUGGUCGUGUAUUGAUUUCAUUAAUGUAAUAAAUGUAGGCCAAAGUUGUACCCACUAAAA